AUGGCACGCAAUAGCAUCCCAACCACUACAGCGCGUCCAAACUUGGUUGUUCUCACUGGCAAACAAUGCUGGCGGGGUGACAUGGAGGGUGUCUUCAGCAAUCUGGCGAACGGCAUGGAGAUGGGAGACGGAAUGCCGGCCGAGUGUUUCUGGAACGUCCGUGGGAUGUUAUCCGGGAUAGCCAUCCUUGCAAGGAACGCGCUUGGAAGACGCUCAGAAGCGCUGCCUCGGAUGCGAUUGGGCAACGGGCCAUAUGGCGUAGCUCUGAUCGCACGCACCAGAGGAUCGUGGCGCGCGAUCUAUGUCGAAAUGUCGGAGGUGGUUUCUCUAAUAGGGUAG